AUGGCGUCACGGAAGAAGGUUCUCCUCAAGGUUAUUAUCCUUGGCGAUAGCGGUGUCGGCAAAACAAGCUUGAUGAACCAAUAUGUCAACAAGAAGUUCAGUGGAAGCUACAAGGCGACUAUUGGUGCCGAUUUCCUGACCAAGGAGGUCCUUGUCGAUGACCGUUUGGUGACGAUGCAGAUUUGGGAUACUGCCGGUCAGGAACGGUUCCAGUCCUUAGGCGUCGCAUUCUACCGAGGCGCAGACUGCUGUGUGUUGGUCUACGAUGUAAACAACUCGAAGAGUUUCGAGGCGCUGGAUAGCUGGCGGGAUGAGUUUUUGAUUCAGGCUAGCCCCCGUGAUCCGGAGAGCUUCCCCUUUGUCGUUAUUGGCAACAAGAUCGAUGUGGAGGAGAACAAGCGGAUGAUCUCUUCGAAACGGGCCAUGACAUUCUGCCAGUCCAAGGGCAAUAUCCCGUACUUCGAGACCAGCGCCAAGGAGGCUCUCAACGUGGAGCAGGCAUUCGAGGUUAUCGCCCGCAGUGCACUCGCCCAGGAAGAGGCCGAGGAGUUCAGUGGUGAAUUCAGUGACCCGAUCAACAUCCAUCUGGACAAUGAGCGCGAUGGCUGUGCCUGUUGA